CCGCGGCCGCCAUUACAGCGCCGCCGCGGUCUGGGCACCGGAAGGGCGGGUUCUGCUUCCGUGUAAUGGCGGCGGAGGGGCCGGGAGCGGGGCCGAGCUGCGCCGGCGGCCCUCAGUGAGAAGCGCCAGCGCGGCGGGGAGCGGGGGAAGAUGAGCCCGGUCCGCGCCCGCCGGAGCCGCAGCACCCAGCGCUGAGCCCGCCCCGGCGGCCGCCGCCAGAGCCGGAGAUGGCCGCGGACUCCACGAUACCCAUCUGGCAGAACAAGCCCCACGGCUCAGCACGCAGCGUUGUCAGGAGGAUUGGGUCAAACCUCCCUUUAAAGCCCUGUCCCAGAGCAACCUUUGAGGUUCUACCAAAUGUUUCUGAGCUCUAUUUAAAUGACGUCCCUCCAGUCCCCACCUUGGCAGACAUUGUGUGGAUAGCAGCAGAUGAUGAAGAAACAUAUGCCAGAGUCAGAAGUGACACUCGCCCGCUGAAGCACAAGUGGAAGCCGAGUCCCUUCACCGUCAUACAGCGAAAUGCUUCAGUCCCCAACCUGAGGAAGCAGGAGGAGAAGCUGCUCGCCUUGAAGAAACCUGGUUUACCAGCACUGAGCCGAACAACAGAGCUCCAGGAUGAGCUGAGUCACCUUCGGAGUCAGAUAGCUAAAAUAGUCGCUGCAGAGUCAGCUUCUUCAUUAACACCAGAUUUAUUAUCUCCAGGAAGUUCAAAUGCAUCUUCUCCUUUACCUUGUUUUGGACCCUCUUUCCAAUCUACAACUUCCUUUGUCAUUAGUGAUAUCACAGAGGAGGAGGCAGAACUCGAAAGCCCCGAGCUCCCGUCAGUCUCCCUGCUUUGUUCUGCAACCUCCGAGUAUUGUAAACCAGAACCAAAGGAUCCUGAUGAGGAAGAUUCUGUGUCUCUCUCAAAGGCCAGCAGUUUUGCGGACAUGAUGGGCAUUCUUAAAGACAUUCAUAGGAUGAAGCAGAGCAAAGACUUAAACCGAACGUCAAUGAAGGAGGAAGACCCAGCUGUUCUUAUAGCAGAAGUUCUGAGAAGAAAAUUUGCCCUAAAAGAUGAAGAUCUGGCCCUGAAGGAUAAAUGAUGUUACUGUCACAAAACUCUGUAAGCAAAAGUGUUACGCUCCCAGAAUUUUCUCCACAGUAGCUGCCUUCCUAAGGAUUGAGCCUUUUGCCUCUUUUAUUAAUUAGAAAUGGUUUCUGCACUGGACAUUUACUUAGGAAAGACCCUAUGGAUUUGAUGCGUUUUCCAUGUAUUGUUAUAUUUAAGAAAAAAAAUUUUAAGAUGAUGGAAAUUCUUUUCCACCUGUGUUUUGAUGUUGAUUAUUGAUAAGGAUCUUCUGAAGAGUGCAAUGAGUGCUGCUGGAGGACGUUCUUUCUACCUACAAUUUUCCUUAGGUUCCAAUUAAGCAUUAACUUAUAACGCCCUUGUUACAAUACAGCUAGUUACCAUUCCCAGUAUAAAGGGGUGGCAGACAUCCUGUUCUUUCUCUGAGUAGGGUACAGAGCUACUGAGAAAAAGCUCAUUAAUGCUCCCGGGCUUCAGGGUGCAGGAGGUGGUUGAAUCACAGCGGUGAAAGUGAAAUGGUACCUCUGGCCCGGCGGUACAAUGAACCUGCAGUCAGUGAUCAAACCGCUCAGUCGCACCGAAGGGAUCCCCACAGUUGCAUGACAGAAUGGCCUUAAUUUCUUGCCAGUAAUUUAAUGUUUCAUUAAUAGUCAUUGUAUUCAGGUAAUGUAUUUUAUUUAGCGUUCAGAAAGUCUAUUUAUUGAACCACCAGUGCUAAGAACUGAGCACCCACCACGAGCUCUGUCAUCUGAGAAAAGGGAAGAAGGAACUUGGCAUUGGCUGUGGCUACAGUUCUCACUAACUGAAGGUUUCCUUCAGCUACACAUUUUCUGCAAUGUUCCUCAUGGCUGUAUUUAAAGUAUGAUUUUUUCCUUUAUAUAAAAUGGAGCCUUAAUAAGACAA